AUGUCACGAAAUGAUGAACCAAAAGCGACCUUCGAUCACGGAAGGCUGGGCAAUCUUUCACCAAACGAAGUGAAGGCUCACUUUGCGCGAGCACUCUCUAGGCCCGAGAACGCGACAUGGUGGCCAUUCAUACGAGGCUACUCGAUCGGUUACGCUACGGAGGUCAUCCCUAGCUUGGUCAAAUUGCUUCUCGUCAGAUUGAUUAGCUUGUCCAGAAACCGUAAUCGAACGGGAGGAUUGGGGAGAUCAUUAUAUACUCUGAUUCGCAACAUGGUGCAGUUGAUUCUCAAAGGUUUCAGGCCUAAUGGAUUCGCUAUGGCUUGCGCGAUCGCGAUGGGGGGUGGAAGAUGGGGUGAAAGUGCUGUUCGGCCGACUAUGGAGCGACUCGUCAGGGCCAACAGAGUUGUGGCUAGAGUUUGCCGGCGAUUCAUACGCUUGCUUAAACGAAAACCGCUCGGCCGUUCAAUCAAAGAGGAUAAAGAAGAGAUUUGCUUGAGUGAACGUGAAACGCGCAUCCUCGACGUGAUUUCGACAUUUGCAUCCACCUCGAUUGCUUCGCUGAUUGCCAUCACAGUGCUUCAAACAACACAAACUCCCAAGCAGACCCAAUCUCCCCUAAAUCCAAUCACCACACCUUAUCCAACUAUCUCGACCAAACCCGAGGUCUCAUCUGCUAUACUGGUAGACGAAGGCUCACUAUCCCCCAACCCCCUAGCAUCCAGAUCAAAUCGAUCAGACUUGAAGCCUAAGAGGUUCCCACAGUCAUCAACUCUGGACUUGACCUUAUUCUUCACCGUCAGAGCCUUGGACACUAUCAUCCAGUUCAUCUACGCCUCAUACUCGUCUCCUUAUCUCGCACUCCUCAAGAGAUGCUCCGAUAUUAUUCUGUUCCAAUUGUCCUGCUGGAGGAUAAUGUGGUGCUGGUUCUACAAGCCCCAACGAUUGCCGCAUACGUAUGUCAAAUGGAUUACCGCGUUGGCUGAAAUGGACUAUCGGUUACUGAGAAUAAUCCGAUUAGGCAAAGCUGGAAAAUAUGUCUACGGACAGAAACCUUUGAGCGAUGAUAUUAGUGAAAUGGGUAGGGCAAUUGCAAGUAACAUGGGACUUGAGCCGAUGCUGGGUGACCCUGAGUUCAUUGACAAAUUGUCGUGUGAAAUUAUCCAUGGAAAGCUCGGAGCUUCUGAAAGCUGUCUAGUAAACUCUGGGAGAAGGUGGAUGAAAGCUUGGAGACGCGGAAUGGGUAUAUACUUGCCAGUUUUCACUGUCCCGGCAAUUCUCUUCAAUCGCGAAAAGUGGAUCAAUUCCCCGCUCAAGACCCUCUUCCACAUCCUCAUAGGCUCAUCGCGCUCGGCGGCUUUUCUGUCUACGUUUGUGGCCCUCACCUGGUCAGGUGUAUGUAUGGGUCGCUCCACCGUCGCCCAUGACCUUUUGAAUAUACUCCGUACAAACCCGGUAUCAACGACAUACAUGGAUUCCAACUUCGCCCCGCAAGUUGGCAGUUUUCUAGCCGGGUGGAGCAUCAUGAUCGAAAAUAAAAAGCGGCGAGGUGAAAUGGCCCUGUACGUGGCCAUGCGAGCACUUUAUGCUGCUAUUGACCACAUACUACCGGCGAGGUUACUCAAGAACAUCAAGCGCCACCAAUGGGUGUCAAUUUGGGUCGAGAGGUUGACGUUUGCAUUGUCAAUUGGUACCAUUACCAGCGCUGUCGUACAUGACUCCGCCCAUGUUCGAGGUAUUGUCAAAGGUAUCAUGACUUUCGCGGUCGGACCGCAUUGGCAAGAUCGAUAUUCUCCCUCCAAGAUCCGGCCGAUCACCCCGACAGAUAAGAAGGAUGAGAAAAUCAGUGUACAGAACUCAACUACGUCGUAA